GUCACAUAUCCUCUUUCACACUCUCUCUAUAUAUAGUUCCUACAGAGACCAGGAAACAUACAUCAAAAGCACUAACUCUAGUUACCAAAGAAGAAAUAAAGAACUCCAAAAAUGGUAAUUCUCACUGCAGUUCUCGUCCUACUUCUUACCUUAGGCUUGAUACUAACCUUCUCAUGUUCAACAAAAGACCUAAAACCACAAACCAAACCAACGUCGUUUCCACUCAUUGGCUCAAUCCUCUCCUUCAACAAAAAUCGCCACCGUCUUCUCCAGUGGUACACCGACCUCCUCCGUCUCUCUCCGACUCAAACCAUCACCAUUGAUCUCCUCCUCAACCGCCGCACCAUCAUCACGGCCAACCCUGAAAACGUUGAGCACAUUCUCAAAACAAACUUUUGUAACUUCCCUAAAGGCAAACCUUUCACCGACCUCCUCGGAGAUUUACUUGGCGGUGGCAUCUUUAACUCGGACGGCGAGCUAUGGAGUUCGCAGCGGAAACUCGCCAGCCACGAGUUUACAAUACGUUCUCUUAGGGAGUUCACUUUCGAAAUCCUCCGCGAAGAAGUCGAAACCCGCCUCGUUCCGGUGCUUUCCUCCGCCGCUGCUGACUACGGCGGAGGAGGGGGAGGAGGAGGAAGGACGGUGGAUUUUCAGGAGAUCUUGAAACGUUUUGCUUUCGAUGUAGUUUGCAAAGUUUCUUUAGGUUGGGAUCCGGAUUGUUUGGAUUUGACCCGACCCGUUCCGGAUCUCGUCGAGGCUUUCGACGUUGCUGCUGCGAUCAGCGCUCGCCGCGCGACGGAGCCAGUUAACGCCGUGUGGAAGCUGAAGCGUUUGUUCAACGUGGGGAGCGAAAGGAGGCUCAGGGAAGCGAUCAGGACCGUGCACGUGUCCGUCUCUAAGAUCAUCCGUGCCAAGAAGAAGUGUCUCGACAUCGGUGGUGACGUUUCAGACAAGCAAGACCUCUUGUCGAGGUUUUUAGCCGCCGGCCACGACGAGGAAUCCGUGAGAGAUUCGGUGAUCAGCUUUAUCAUGGCGGGAAGAGAUACAACGUCGGCGGCGAUGACGUGGCUCUUCUGGCUGUUGAGCGAAAACGAUGACGUGGAGAAGAAGGUUCUUGAAGAAGUGAGAAACAAGGGAUCUUUAGGGUUAGGGUUUGAGGAUUUGAGAGAGAUGAGUUACACGAAAGCUUGUCUCUGCGAAGCAAUGAGGCUUUACCCACCAGUGGCGUGGGACUCAAAGCAUGCAGCAAACGACGACGUUUUACCAGACGGGACACAAGUCAAGAGAGGAGACAAAGUUACUUAUUUCCCUUACGGCAUGGGAAGGAUGGAGAAAGUGUGGGGUCAAGACUGGGACGAGUUUAAACCGAACCGAUGGUUUGAAGCAGAACCAAAUUACGGUACAAAACCGGCGUUGAAAAGCGUGAGCUCGUUCAAGUUCCCUGUCUUCCAAGCCGGACCAAGGGUUUGUAUAGGGAAAGAAAUGGCGUUUAUGCAGAUGAAAUACGUUGUUGGUUCGGUUUUGAGUCGGUUUGAGAUAAUACCGGUUUGCAAGAAACCACCGGUAUUUGUUCCUCUAUUAACGGCUCACAUGGCUGGUGGGUUAAAGGUGAAGAUAAAGAGGAGAAAACAUUAAUUAGUGGAUAUCACUAUUGAAUUAAUCAAGUCAUGUCCUUAUAAAAAUAUCUAAACGAAUAUGUAAAAUGUGUGGUUUAUAGAUUUAAAUCAAAUCAAGAUAUGAAUGUGUGAUUCACAGUUUCA